AUGCUUGGGAAAAGCUGCCACGUACCUGUUGAGUUGGAGUAUAAGGCUCUUUGGACUGUCAAGUUUCUCAACUUUGACAGCAAGACAGCUCAAGAAAAGAGGCUUUUACAGCUCCAUGAGCUAGAGGAGAUCAGGUUGAAUGCUUAUGAGAGCUCAAAGAUCUACAAAGAGACGACCAAAACUUUGCAUGACAAGAAGGUCAUGAAGAGGGAGUUCAAAGAAGGAGACCUUGUGUUGCUGUUUAACUCAAGGCUCAAGCUGUUCCCAUGCAAGUUAAUGUCAAGGUUGUCUGGUACCUUCAAGAACUUGCAAGUGAGGAGCUAUGGAACCAUUGAACUUGAGGGAAAGAAUGGUAACAGCCUUGUGGUGAAUGGACAAAGGCUCAAACACUAUUUGGAUGUUUUUGAUGUGUUUGUUGAGUGUGUUCAGGUCUAUAAGUGUUCAGGAGUUGUCUAA